AUGCCUUACUACCAACAACACCGCCGCGGCGGCAUGGCGCCUCCCAGUCCCAGACGCCUUAUAACCAUCGCCGUCUCCGUCGUCUCCUUCUUCAUCCUCGCCGCUCUCGCCAUCGCCCACUUCGGCCCCUCCUCCGAGCUACACGCCCGGAAGCUAGCCCAGCGCAUCGAACAUGCCCAGCGCGCAAACCCCCAAGCCGAACCGCGGGCUGACACUCCUCUCGGCGACAAGUACCUGAUCGGUGUCGGAAAGGCCGACGUCACCGGCCCGGUUGUCGAGAUCGGCUUUGGCGGGUAUGCGGACACCAGCCAAGUCGGAAGCGGUUUGCGCCAGCGAUUGUACUCGCGCGCUUUUAUCAUUGGCGAGACCAAGAACCCCAAAAACCGCGUGGUGUAUAUCGUGCUUGAUACGCUCAGCGGAGACACAGCUGUUCGCAAUGGGGUUCUUGAUGCGCUGAAGGGCAUGGGGGAUGAGUACGCUGUUUAUGGCCAGAGCAACAUUGCGCUUACGGGAACGCACUCCCAUUCCGGACCGGGUGCAUGGUUAAAUUACUUGCUGCCGCAAAUUACUACAUUGGGGUUCAGCAAGCAAAGUUAUCAGGCGAUUGUGGACGGUGCUGUGUUGUCGAUUAAGAGGGCGCAUGAGUCGCUUCAGGAGGGCUAUCUCGACAUCGGAACAACCGACAUCAACGACGGUAACAAUAACCGCAGUCCUUCUGCCUACCUCGCCAACCCUGAGUCCGAGCGAGCAAAAUACCCCUUUAACACCGACAAGACUUUAACUCUACUCCGCUUCCGGAGAGCAUCGGACUUGAAGAGCGUCGGUGUGCUUACCUGGUAUCCCGUUCACGGUACAUCAGUCUACCAGAACAACACGCUUGUAAACGGUGACAACAAAGGUGUCGCCGCUUAUCUCUUUGAGCAGUCAGUCGAAAAUGACAGCCGUGCUGCUGACGGCUUUGUUGCUGGCUUUUCCCAGGCAAACGUGGGUGAUACCACACCAAAUACGCUGGGUGCAUUUUGCGAUGACGGUUCUGGUGCUGCCUGUGAUUUUGAAAGCAGCACUUGUGCCGACGGCAAGGUGCAGUCUUGUCGUGGAAGGGGACCGCUUUUCACGAAGCUGGAUAAGGGUGUGAGCAGCUGUUAUGAGAUUGGGAGGAAGCAGUAUGCUGGUGCUAAGAAUGUUUGGACCUCGCUUGAUUCUUCCUCGACACCGGUUGUUGGAUCAACCGUCAGGUCGUUCCACUACUUCCACGAUAUGCGGUACUACAAGUUCAACCUCGACAACGGCACUGAGGUCCAGACCUGCCCUGCUGCGCUUGGUCACUCUUUCGCUGCUGGCACCACUGAUGGUCCUGGUGCCUUUGACUUUACCCAGGGUGACUCUGGUGCUCCCAACAAUCCGUUCUGGUCCGUUGUGGGCGGUCUUCUACGAGUUCCAUCUGCCUCUCAAAAAGCUUGCCAAAAGCCCAAGCCCAUUCUCCUCGAUGUCGGCGAGAUGGAUCUGCCCUACCCUUGGACGCCCAACAUCGUCGACGUCCAAUCCCUCCGCGUCGGUCAGCUCUUCAUGAUCAUCUCCCCUUCGGAAGCCACCACAAUGUCCGGUCGUCGCUGGCGUAACGCCGUCAAAGAAGCCGCCAAGUCCCAAAAGCUAACAGGCAGCACCGAGCCCGUCGUCGUCCUCGGCGGUCCCGCCAACACCUACUCCCACUACGUCACCACCCCGGAGGAGUACGCCAUCCAGCGCUACGAAGGCGCCAGCACGCUUUUCGGUCAAUACGAGCUGCCGGCAUACAUCAACCUCACCCUCUCCGCCCUUCCCUACCUCUCGCCCUCAUCCACCAGCUCUCCUCCUCCUGGCCCUAGCCCGCCCGACAACAGAGAUAACUCCCUCUCUUUCAUCACAGGCGUAGUCUACGACGGCGCGCCCCCCUCCAAGCCCUUCGGGACAUGCAUCACCCAACCUUCCACCUCUUACACGCGCGGCAGUGUCGUGACUGCCGUCUUCCAGGGUGCUAAUCCCCGCAAUAACUUGCGGUUGGAAGGUACUUACGCGGCGGUAGAGAAGCUGGGAAGUGACGGAAAGACGUGGACGCAGGUUAGGAGCGAUGAGGAUUGGAACUUGACGUACGAAUGGAAGCGGACGAAUGGGUUGCUUGGGUACAGUGAGGUUACGAUUCAGUGGGAGACUAGGACGGAAAGCAAUGGGGAGGGAGAUGAUCCUGUGGGAACGUAUAGGAUUAAGUAUUAUGGGGAUGCGAAGAAGGCGGGGACGGGGAAGGUGACGGGGUUUGAGGGGGGGAGUCGGGAGUUUAAGCUCACGUGA